AUGUCCGUGACGGUCGAGGACGAGGAGGGCCACAUGGUCGGCUUUGCGGUCCUCGAUGACACACCGCUUCACCUGUCUGCAUCAGAGGAAGGCGGCACGGACUGGGAGAGUUGGUUUCAGGACACAUUUCAGCAGCCGGAUGUGAACAACACAAAUGCGCUCUGGAUGUCCACCUGCCUUGUUGAGCCGGACCCUGGCAUUGUGGGAGAGAUCCUCCGGACCACUUUCUCCACGAUGCCGGAGCUUCGGUAUCUGAUGGUUUUCGUGCCCUCCAGUAUCUCAGAGGACGCAGCCCUCAAAGUCCUCCAGCCGUUCCAGUCGCACUUCGUUCAGCUGGAUAUGGAGACGGAGGAGCUCAUGGCGAUGAACCAUUGGGCUGCUCCCAGCCCUGAAGGCCAUCCACCGAUGGUUCUGUGCUGCAACCGCGGGCAGGUUAUAGCGCCACUUGGCAUCCGCAUAGCGCGGGUGGAGGACCACGACAACCUCGCUGCCGUUUUCGAUGCGCAGAGCGAGGUCGUGACAGCCGUUUACGGCGACUUCUUCAUCGCGGAGCUAGUAGAGGCACAAAAUGAAGAGAACCGAGCGCUGGUGGCUGAGGUGGAUGGACGGGCGGUCGGGCUAAUGUGCCUCACAUCUGACGUGGACAUCAACGUCUUGGCCCAGUGUUUCCAGCUGGAUCCAUACGACAACUUGCUCAAAGCGCCGUACAUGAAGCGUGUGCGCGAACAUGCAAAAGCUGUGUUGGAAGCGGGUGAGCAGGCGUCUCUGUGCUCCCGGGGCGACUUCCUGCAGGUCGCCCUGCGCUCCAUGGACAUGGGGGCUCUCCUGGACUCCAUCCCACAGCUAGAGGAUGGCCGCAUCAACGCAGUGCAGCUGCAUGGGGCGCUACAGAUGCAGGAGUUUGCCGAUGAAGUGGGUGAGGUGCUGCAGGAGUUUGAGAAAAGCAUCAUGAUGCUCUUCUGGCAAGUGAACUUCCUGGAGCCGAUGUUGCAGGAGAACUCCCUGGUUCUGCCUCAGAAGGUGAACGAAUGUGUCCAGCUCUUCCAGAGCCUCGACAUCACCGAGCGAAAGAAAAUCGUUAGCCAGGUGCUGGAGAAGUGGACGGAGGUGCAGGACAUCCUGAAGCUGACCAAGGAGUUCACAAGUUUCCAGAUUCAGGUGCUGUUCAUGUACAACACGCGGGAGGAAGCUAUCUCCCAGCCUGAAGAUGCAGAAGCUCUGGAGGAUUUCGGUCUUGCGACCGGUGGCUCUGUUCCGAGCUGGGCUGUCGGGGUGGGCUGGAUUUUCGUGGUGUCCUGGCUUCAUUUUUCAGACAGCCUCGAGCGGGAGGAGCUGAAGUUCCUGGUUGGAGCUUGCCGAGAGACGUUGCUGUGCUUCCCCAACCUCUCCUUCUCUUCGUCACCCGCCUUCUGCUUCUCAUUGUCCUCUUGCUCCUUCAAAGCCUACUAUGUGGACAGCGUGGCUGUAUACAUGGUUGCAGUGAUGCACGACAGGCGGUUUGACAACAUCCACCUGCAAGACAAUUUCCUCCUUGCAAUUGAAUAUGUCUGCGGUCGUUCGAAGGCUAUCUUGGCUGCAGAGUUCUUGGAAGUAGGUUUUGGCCGGAUGUGCUACCUCCUGUCUGAGUUGAAGGGUUUAGGCGAGGUAGCUGCCAAGCUCAUUGCACGGCUGCCGGAGCUCAAUGCAGACGAGGAGCCCCCGAAACAACUUGGAAUGACAAAAGUAAAGGAUGGGCGGUCCAGCCAAGAGGAUGGACAGGGCAAAGAGUCCAGGUUGGCAUGUUGCUUGCCUGCCCCGGCUGGCAAGCAACGUUUCACAAGCGAGGAGCUUGCCUUCAAAAAGUCAACCGAUAUGAUGAGUCCUACUCAGUGUCUGAGCAUUGGCGGGAAGCUGUGCGCCACCUGCGAUCAGGUGGAGUUCGGUAAUGCAGCUGCGAGCACAGUAGUUGUAUUGCCAACAGCCCUGGAUGAUCUUCACAUUCUUCACAGUUGGUGCAGCGCCCAGAUCUUCUCGGGGCACGGUACUGUGCUGGCCUUCUGUGCGCUGAUGCACACGGAGCUUGGUGCCCCGCUGUGGCUUCGGCUCUUCCUUUGGGGUCACUCGCCUCAGAACUCAUGGGGUGACUCCCUGCCAGCAUACUUGUACUUGGUGGUGACAGAACCAUCAGAGAGAGCGAAGGUGAACUGGUCUGACCCAGAGCUGCUCGUGCAAAGCCAGAGCCACUUCUCGGUGGAUUUGGUGGUGGCAAUCAUUCUUGCCACCCUGCUCUGGCAACUGGCCUUGAGCUGGGCAGUUUCCAACCUUGAGGGGUAUGUCUUGGAGCUUCCAAAGAAUGACCAGGAGGCUGACCUGAACAACUUCCGCAAAGUCUGGAGUAUGCAUGCAUGCAAGCUGAUCUUGAAUCGGAAUUCUGGACCAAAAGUGUUGGUGUCUGAGAUUGACCAAGUCCUCGCAGCGCUGCUCACAUCCUCAGCAGCAGGCCCUUUGAGUGAGGCACAGGAUGGGAUUGUUUCUUUCGAGCCAGAUCCCCCAGCUCAAGUUGGCUGCUGGGAGGCAGCGUCUCUCUUCAGGUUUCUCUUCCGGCGCACGGAGAGUGGCAGGAGCAGUGGAGCUGCGUGGGAGGCUUUGGGCACCGACGCUGGGAUGGGUGGCCUUGCUGAGCGACUCAGUGCAAAGUUUGUUGGCGCCUUCCUUCCACUGGCUUCCACGCAUUUGGUGGCCACAUCUGAUAGCAUCCUGGCAGGCUUGAGCAAAGAUUCAGGGCCUGAAGGUACCUCUUACGAUGUUCAGGCCCAGCUUGCAUAUACACCGAAGGCUAUGAGCGCGACCUCCUACCGCGAAAUCGGUCUCCAGGUCAUUCGUCGUCGGCGUGCUGCCGGCGAGCCGCCAAGGCCGCUGCGCAGCCUUCGCAGCCGCUCCGAAGCGGUGGCCGCAGAAAUUGACAGCCCCAUGGCACAGCGGCGCGAGGGCCGAGAGGGGCUGAGGAACGAUCAGCCAUUGGAUCUGAACGGUUGCAGGUCUUUGGAUGCACGGAUACGGUCUGACGAGAGGCUUCAGGACUUCAGCACCAAAUUCAGGAACAUCUCGGAUGAGUUCAUUGACAAGCACCUGAAGGGCAACCCCAUGUUCGGAUGGUGGAGACUGCCGAAGAUUCAGCCACGGAAGCUCCUGCAUGAGUUGAGGGAGAAACUGACGGAUCAGCAAAGAUUCCCUGCUACCGCUUUCUUUCGGGACGAAUCUGACAUGACAAUGGGCUAUGCCUCUGCAACGGAGAUGAUGUCGAUCAUGUACGAAGCGACCAAAGUUUCGGGACUUUGGGAACAUGUUCCCGAGAAGCUUCGUGGGGUCUUCUGGAUGAAAGGAAAUGGAGUCGGUGAAGAGCUUGUGGCGCUGCAGAAUGGCCAAUGGUUCGAAGAGGAGAGCAUCCUCAUUACACCCAUGGCGCCCUUCACGUGGGCAUGGCCUGGAGGAAUUCCAAGCCAAGCUCCAUACUGUGGAGGAUUGUACGGACCCAAAACUGUCAUGUUCGGGGCGAGACUUCUUUGCGGCACUGGUAGCUGGGCUCCGCCCUUGCACCCGCUCAACUUUUCGUUCAAGUUCAGCGGAAAGGACAUAACGAAUGCUACCUUACAAGCCGGACCAGACCUCAAGAAGGACACGGUGACCGUCGGCAACUUGGUCCCUUGUUUGCCUUGCUGCACAUGUCUCCGAGGCAAGUACACCUUUGAGCUCCAGCCUAGCAACCUCUCCGAGCCCGGAAGCCACUGGAAGCGGGGCGUAUGGUGGGGCCCAGGGACGUGCACUUUCUGCGAGUUUGGCAGCUACAACUUCGUGAAGGUGAUCCGCUCGGACGGGCAACCCAAUGAGCCCUACUACAGUGAGUUUCUGCAGUACAUGGGCGACAUCAAGCUGUUUGCCUGGUCUGGCUUUACGAAGCAUGAGCAGCGGGACGCAGAGUUUCAAGCUCUUGAAGAGGUACUCGUCAUGGGUCCAGAAAGUUGGGGCCUAGAGGCACCCUUCGCAGCAGGGUUCCCUUCCAGCUGCUUUGUUAUUGAAGAGUGGGACUGCGCCUGGCAGUUGGCGCGCUUUUUGUUCGAAGUGGAAGACAUCUGCAGGCAAAUCCAGCCGAUCGAAGGGAAGUAUGGCCCGAGACCAAAAGAAACAUUGUAUGCUUCUGGUCUCAAGGACCCACGCCCAGCUCUGUGCUCUGAAGAUGCAUGCGACGGUGCCAAAGGCUUUUGUCGCAAAGAGGGUGCAGAAGCAGUGUGCUCGAAGUGGCGCUGUGAUGGCUUUGUCCUGUGGGAUGAGAACGUGGAAGCCGUUGCCACAGAGGAUGCGCGGUCUGCGCUGGAAGAGCCACCGGUGGACUUCAGGCCCAUCCCCGCUGGCGUCGCCUUUCGCUGGCUCCGCACCCGUCGCCUGGUGCGAUACCUUCAACGCCGUAAGUCCGAUGACUUUGACUGGUUCCUGGUCUUUGACGAUGGCGGCUUUCCAGUCGCAGUCCCUCAGCUGAACAGCGGAUGCUCCUUGCCCAGGGCCGGUGCCUUUGGCGCUCUCUUCAACCGCGAAAGUCUACGCAGCCUGGUAGCCUCCUUCAAUGAUUCGCAUAGCGAUUGUCUCGCACCCACGCGCGAGAAGCCGCUGCGGCAAUGCCUGCUUUGUGGCGCUGUGGGAAGGGACUUGACCGAUAUGCGUGGGACGCUGAGGUUCGCGCAACUGGAGGAGUUUGUAAAAGGGAUGGCAUACAUGGUGCCAGAGCCAAGCUGGAUGGUCGGAGUCUUGGAGCCUGCGUCGGGGUUCUACAUGCGUCAGAGCUUUGUAGAUUUGGCCGGUGAGCGGGUCAGUGAACGCUACAUGGAAGCCGAGAAAGUCUUUCUCAAGGCGCUGUCGCAGGAGGAGCAGGGCCCCUUCACGCAGGACUUCCUGUCGAAGCUGAUCGUCAUCCUGCAUUGGUGGGCGGAUGUUGACCUCAGCAGCCCCUUAGCGAUGGUCCCGGAUGACGGCUUCCAGGCAGAGGCGCUGGACAAGGCCGGGCCAGGGCUUGAGAUCUUUGUGAAGGCCAAGAUAAAGCGCGAGCAAAACAAGUUACACGAUAACAAGAAGCCUUCUACCAAUACCAGAGCGGACGAAGACAUCUACAGCCUGGCCUAUCAGACACAAGCUCUGGACUUCCUCUUGCCUGCGUUUUCCCUUUUCCCCGACAAGGACUAUUGCAUCAUCACGCAGCCGCACACAGCACCCAACACUCCCUUGCUCAAUGCGUUUUCCAUCGUUCCACCGCAACCACAGAACACCUUCGGCCACGUGCUCUUCUUGAUCCACAGAGCUGCGCUCCUUGGGCCUCCGAAGGUGUCUCUUCUCAAACCACACCUCUUGGAGAACGUAAAGCCGCUGCUUGAGGUCUUCGAAGACGAGACGCGGCAGGAGCACACUGAACAUAGAAAGAGUGAGCUGGAAGUGUUCGUGGCGGAGUUCGACGAACAGGCCGUGGGACUAAUCGUGCUCCAGAUGCCCACGGCGGACGUAGUCAGUCGGCUGAGAUGCUGCUAUCAUCUGGACGACUACCUUUUAGUGGAGCACCACGAGAGUGGCAACCCGAACAAGGGCCAUGUCCGCUUGCUCCACUGGGUGCUGAAUCCCCUCUUCCAGAAAUACACCCGGCGUCUGCUGCAGGGCGUGCUGCGAAUCUGCGGCAAGACAGCGCUCUUCUUGGAGACAGAGCUGACGUCCUCCGUAUCUUCGAUCUACAGGGAGCUAUUGCAAGUAGCCCCGCGGCGGCCUCCGCAGCUCAAAAAGAUCUUACGGGAGCCGCCAAAGGUGGCAUCUUUCUGCAACAUCGAGGAAGAGCUUCCGACAGAGGAGGAUUUGCUUGAGAAGGAGCGGCAAGAGAUGCUAAGGGACUCGGAGCAGACAAAGGCUCUCUCCAUUGUUGCCAAGAAGCUGUUGAGCGAGACGAAGAUUCCAGUGAAUGCGCGGAUCGUUGUAGUUGGCUACCAAGAACGAAUUGUUACAGAAGUCCGUGCAGCAGGAAAUGCGAUUGUUGUUCUUCCAACAGGUGCAGGGAAGACACUGAUCGCAUCAGAGCUGAUCACUGGACUCGGUCCUCCGUGCUUGGUGCCAACCUGCAUGCUUGUGGAGCAACAGGCCCGGGCCGCGCGUGAGUGGACAGGACUUCAAGUUGCUGAGUUCAUGGGCGGAGUUUCUGUACCUCAGCGAUUUGAUGUUCUGGUAUCAACUCCCAAAGCUUUUCAAAUGACACAGUCCAGGGGAGCUGCAAGCUUCCGUUUUCAAGGCUUCAAGCUGGUGGUCUUUGACGAGGUGCAUCACGUGCUUAAGGACCACCCUUAUCGAAAGCUGGCACUGUCACUAUCAAAGUUGACAGAUGGCAGACCGCAAGUCCUGGGUUUGUCUGCUUCUCUCACAUACGCUAUCGGAGAACGCAAGGUUGAGAGCGAUUUGACGCGCAUUUGCCGAGAAUUGAACAUCCAACACAUGGCAACGGCUAGCGAGAAUGAGCUUGAAGCUUGUGGCUACCACAGCAGACCAGCAGAAGCAGUUCUCCCAGUCAGUCUUCCCAACGUCACGCCGGAAGGUGUUCUGCCUGUCGAGAGACGGAAGCCGCACCUGAUGGCAUCAAAGUUUUGGGAGCGAGCACAGCAAGGGAAGUCGACGCAGUUUACCAAGCAGUUGUUGUCGGUCGUGCGAUUGAUGGAGGCGGCAGUGGCUGAGGUGGAUGCAAGCUUCGAGUCUCCCCUGCAGCAUCCCGCUCCCCGGACAUGGGGAGAAUAUGCGAACAAACGAAUUCCUCAGUCAGCAAACUUUAUGUCUCUUGAGCACUGGUACGAGGCUUUGCGCAUGCUGGUCACGUCAUGGGAGGAGGCGGAGGACGCCGCGACGACAUAUUUGCGAAUGGUGGGGCAGACUCGCUUGACAGUGGGUGCGUGGCCUUUGGAGGUUGAAACUGCCUGUGUGCGGUUUUGGGAGAAACGACCAGAUUCAUUCCCACGAUUCGAACAUUUGAAGGAUGCCCUGUUGUAUGAACUCGAGAAGUUGUCAAAACUGCAUGGCUCCUUCCGGGGAAUUGUCUUUGUGCAGCAGCGCAUCAUGACACACAUUUUAGAGCACCUCAUCCAAAACGACGGGGACCUUGCAAGCAAGCUAACUCCUGCGUGCAUCUACGCAACGACAUCACCAGCCACACCCUCUUUUCGAGUUUCUGCAGCGGACUCGAAAGCACGUCUAGCUGAGUUUGCAAACGGUCGUAUCAACUUGCUCAUCGCCACUGUUGUUGCCGAAGAGGGCAUGGAUGUUCCUGCAGCAAACUGCGUAAUCCGGUUUGACCCAAUGAUCAACGCGGUGUCCUUCGUCCAGGGUCGCGGACGAGCGCGACAGGCGGACUCCUCCUUCGUUGUGCUUUCUGAACGUCAAGAUCGACCUACAUCGACAUUGGCAGCAGUUGAAGCGCAGCAGCUGCAGAAGCUCAGACCAACGUUCGAGAGCUCUUUUGGUAGGAUCGUGCAAAAUUUCAACCCUGACUGUGCGACCAGAAGCGCAAGCACGGACUUGGCGGCGCAGCAGUCACGAGAGCGAAAUGCACGAGAAGUCUUGCAAAAUGUGGCCAGAGCCGGAGCGAAUGCUGUUGGAUUGUUGAACUUGUAUUGCAAGAAGACCAAGGUUGAGUUGCAUGAGGAACUCAAUCUGGUUGGCUCAGAGUUCACGUGUGUCUUGAAAUAUGAAUCUAUCCUAAGAUCGGUGCAGGCAACCGGAUCCUCCGGUCCAUUUUCCCGCGCAGCCGAUGGCAAGAAGCAAGCCAAGCGUAAUGCAGCUGCUGCCCUGCUGGAGACCUUGUGGGUCCGGAUCCUGGACAGCCGAAUGGUGCAGAUUGACCGGCAGCAGAAAUGCUGCAUUCUGCAUGACGGUUCCAUGCUGCCCUACGACUACCUGGUUGUGGCCACAGGUCUGCAGGACGAUUCUCUGCAUGCGCUGAAGAUCCAAUCUAUGGGAGUUGAGCAUGUAACCGAUGGCUACCGACGGGUCAACGGUGCAAUGUCUGCGGCAGAUCCAUCUAUACGAGACUUGCUUGUGGAGGGUGGCACCCUGGUCAAGUCGUUGAUUUGGAAUCCGCUCUCUUAUGCGGUAGUGUACGGGAGAUCCUUGAAUGCCUACUGCGUCGUGCAGGGGCUGCUACUUCGCCAGGUGCCAGCAAAGAAGAUCAUUCUGGUCCUGCCGGCGAGGCUCCAGGCACAAGCAACGGCCCAACAGGGGCUGUCCGUGGAUGCCUUCUACGAGGGCGACGAGGUGGAGAGGAAGAUCCAUCAUAUUCUGGAGACCAUGGGCUUAAAGGUCUAUGAAGGCUAUCGCCUGCUUGGCAUUCAGCAGUGCACAAGGGCACGGCUGAAGGGCCUCAUCUUAGAGGAUCAAAACGGUGGGGAAGUGGCGCCACGACCCGCCGAAGAGCUGGCAGCCGCAGAGCGUGAGCGGGAGAAGAGGUUCCCCGCUCCAGAGGCUGCUCGCGCACCGAUGGGUAUCAUGGAGGAUUUCGGGGCCAGUCCUUCUGGUCUGCCACAGAAGCUUCUGGCCUGUCGGCUGUGCAUCACCGCCGACGCGGUGAACGUGGAUCCUGACAUUUUCAACUCUGUGCAUGGGAAUGGCCUUGUCUAUGAUGGUCGAUUGAUCGUGGACCACAAUUUUUGCUCCACAGAUCCUGGCAUUUUCGGGGCGGGUUCCCUCUGUGAGUUCAGCCGCCGCUUCCAGAGAAAAGACGCCGCGCGGUACUUGCGGCAUGACGGCUUCAACGGACGUGAGGUCGGCGGCAAGCUAGCAACAGCCUUGCUGCGGAAGCUUGAUCCUGUCAACGGCGACUCCGUAGCGGCUGGCGGGCCGGCUUUGAACACCGGUAGCACAGUGCAGGACACGGCCACAUCUGGCGGCGCGAUGAUGACUCCUGAAGAGGAGGCGUCACCAGACCUCCUGCCCGAGUUCUACAUGCCCAUCGCAAAAGGAGGCCUGCUGCCUGGAAACCUACAUUACUACAGAAUCCACGCCUGCCGGCGUGGGGAUGUUCAGGCGGAGCCAACGGAGCAGAAGGAGGAACAGGUGAUUGUGACAGACACGCUGGACCUCAGCAAUGGCAAGGGCCACUUCUGUCGUUUAACUCUGGACUCUUGUGGGAAAGUCGACUCCAUCACCUACCUGGGUGGAGAAGCCCUCCAGGUGGAGUCCUUGUGGAGUCUCGUUGGUCUCAGCGAGACCUUCCUCAACCACUUGUACCAGAGAUGGAGGGACGAUGACAUUCCAGACAUCGUAGAGUUCCUUGCAGACGAGUGGGCCACAGCGCUUUUCCACGACAGGUUUAUGGAUUUUUGCCAUCAGAUCAAGCUCGAGAUGCUGUCUUCCGAGGAGGUGAAGCAGAUCGUGAACACCGCCCUGGAAAACGUCAGCGUAAAAGACGGUCCUGCGCAAAUGCGCGAGCGACGUGAAAAUGCCAAUUGUUGUUACAACUACUCCCUGCACAAGACUCUGGAUCUUGCAUCUGCAGACCGACUGGCCCCCCUGAGCCCUCCUACCGUCAACCGGGAUGCCCUGCCGAUCAUGGUAGCACCACCCAUGGCAGAGGCCAUGGGUCUGACCUUGGCUGCAGCUCCCUUCCAAGCAGUGCAAGCCAUGCAGGUGACCUGCGAAUCAGCCAUGGACUUCUGCACAUGCCAGAGGUUGCAGGAGCUGCAAGAGCCGAUCAAGUCGCCGAAGAGAAGUCCAUCGCCGUCCCGUGCUAACCGUUCAGACCUGGGUGUAGAUAAGACGCCACCACCGCUGCUGUCCCCUAGCGGACCUCCGUGGCCCGAGCCCAGCAGCCAGGCGCUGCGCAAGCGGCUGGUCUCGCCUGGUGCAGCCGGCGAUGACUGCGUCGCAGCGCUGCUCCCAAAGAUGAAGCGCAUGCGCCUACGGCCAACACUCGGCCAGCUGCGGCUACAGCGCGAGGCGGAAGAGAAUCUGGACCUUUGUCCACAGGUGCAGGUCUCCGUCGAGCCAGAACAACUUCGCGCAACGGUUGACAUUGACUGCGCUGGCAUCGAGAAAGACGCGAUCCAGUUUGAGAUCUCCUUCCCACCUCAGUACCCGCAUCGCCCUCCACAGGUUGUGCAGGUUUCUCCUGAUCGGCCACUGCCCUGCUUUAGGUAUGAGGGCUGCCUUGUGGUACUGCCCUUCCUUGGCGAGCGCUCGUGGAGUUCUGUGUUAGGUACAGCUGACAUUGUUCGAGAACUCCUUGAACCUCUUCCAGGCAUUGGAGGUGGAUUGAAUCGCAAGAAGGUCGUGCAUCAGUUUCCCACCCCGUGCCCGGCACCAGCGUUUCCAGAAGAGGACGUGGAGAUGUCGUAG